CAUGCGUAGUAUAAACACCGGAAGUGUAUUGUGAUGCAGCAUAGAGAGCAUCGCGCCAUUUUAUCCAAUAGCAGAGUGGUGGACAAAGUACGUUUUUUUUUAGCUUUAUAACAGAAAAUGGGAAGAAAGAAGAAGAAGCAGCUGAAACCGUGGUGUUGGUACUGCAACAGAGACUUUGAUGACGAGAAGAUUCUCAUCCAACAUCAGAAAGCAAAACAUUUCAAAUGUCACAUAUGUCACAAAAAGUUGUACACAGGACCUGGCCUGGCCAUACACUGCAUGCAGGUGCACAAGGAAACGAUAGAUGGCGUUCCAAAUGCGAUACCCGGCCGAACCGACAUCGAGCUGGAGAUCUACGGCAUGGAGGGUAUUCCGGAGAAAGACAUGCAGGAGCGGAGACGGCAGUUGGAACAGAAAUCUCAAGCAGAAAGCCAGAAGAAGAAACAGAACCAGGACGACUCGGAUGAGGACGAUGAUGAAGAUGAAGCCGGUCCCUCACCAUUUCAGCAGCCGCCAGUCCCCCAGCCACAGAACGCCUACAUGCCCCCGGCUAACUACUCAGGUAUGCCUCCUAUGAUGCCUGGUGUUCCACCAAUGAUGCCCGGAAUGCCUGUAGUGAUGCCCGGCAUGCCACCUGGUAUGAUGCAGAUGGGAGGGAUGAUGCCCCCGGGGCCCGGAGUGCCCCUCAUGAUGUCAGGAAUGCCCCCAGGAAUGCCCCCUCAUGUACCCCGGCCUGGUAUUCUCCCAAUGGCUCAGGUACCUCCUGUAACGGCACCAGGUGUUCCACCCCGGCCUGCUACGCCCGCCGCCCCGCCCCCUGCCUCCAAACCCCUCUUCCCUAGUGCUGCUCAGGCUCAGCAGCCGGUGCCCACUAACGCCGAUCCUCCGAAAGCAACGUUUCCUGCCUAUACGCAGCCUCCGUCGUCUUCUUCCUCUACAUCUUCCUCCUCUGUUUCCGCUAGUAGCACUGCGGCUAAACCGAACCCCCCAGUAGCCUCCACUAAACCCGCUGCCCUCUCCAGCUCCAGUGCUACCAGUAAGUUGAUGCACCCUGAUGAGGAUAUCUCGCUGGAGGAGAGGCGAGCUCAGCUGCCUAGGUAUCAGAGGUUGAUUCCUCCUCGUCCUGGGCUGACCGUAGCUGCUGCAGCACCCCCUGCUGCGCCGGUGGUUGUGGGCUCGUUGCCUCCUCAACAACCUCUUAUCAGACACCCCAUGCACAAUCAGUACGGCGCACCUCCUCAGGGAAUGCCAGGUUACAUGCCGGCGUACGGACAGGUGCCUCAGUUCCAGGGCAUGAGCCGAUACUGACACGCCCGUGAGGUUUGCCUCAUUUUCUGCUGUUUAUUUAGAUGAUUAAGUAACAAACAAACAAAAUGGACGGAGAGACUCAAGACAGCACGCAGGACGCUCACACACCCCUGACUGAUUAUUGUUAUGGACUUUACGUUAUAUUGUGGGGUUUUUUUCGGGGGGGUUCUCUGAUUGUGUUUCAUUCAGGUUUAAAGCUGUAACAGUGUCAGCGUUACUAUAAGGCAAGUUCAUGAUAAUUAUAUAAUAAUUAUAAUAACAUCAUUUCAGUGUGUGUUUAGUCAGUGUGGAGCCUUCGCAGCACAUUCGCGUGCUGUUGGACGUUGAGUCCCCAACACUGGUUUGGUGAGGGCUUCAUCGUGGGCAUGUGCUGAUCGUCAGGUCAAACUAAAAUCUAUCUAUAUAUAUAUAUAAAAUUUAUGUUUAUUUCUCACAUCGUAACAUUGAUGCAUAAUUUAGUGCAUUCAUUUGAAAAAAUUUUUUUUAAAUAAGAUUGUUCAGACACAUUCCAGUUUGAAAUCUUUCGGCACAUGCCUACUUCCUGUGUGUUUGUGGAUAUCAGUAAACAGUUUACGCCUGUACUUUUGGACCUUUUUCAUAAAUUUUUUUUUUUUUUUUUUUUUUUUUUUUUUUUUGAAACAUGGAAUAAUAAACUCUAAUUUCCUUUCUUGGUUUGUGUUUUGUGUGUUAGUGAGUAUUACAUGAAGGCAGGUUUGUCAUCAAAACACUUAAGUGCUCGCAAGGUUUAAUUUUUUUAGAUUUUCAAAUUUUAUAAAUAAAUAUGUAUUCUUAUAUGAAAUUUCACAAAUUAAAGAAUGUAGAACAGUUUAAUGUGUAUAACUACUGAUAUUACUUUUUUAUUGUUAUUACUACUAUUUUAUUUUGUGACUGAGAUGGUGGUUUCUUUUAAGCUGCAGCUUCAGUAAUUAUUUAGUAAUAAUUUGCGUACAAUACUUAAUAUAUUUGUUUUAUUUAGAAAAAAAUAGAGAUAAAUAAUUUCUUCAUUGUCAUGUGGCAUGCCCCCUCCCCUAUUGGAGGAGACCAGGUAUAAUGAUUAUCUAUUCUAUAUAAAAUCGAUCUAUAUAUAAUAUAAUCUAUAAUCUUUUGAUGGAUAUUUUUUUUGUUUUUGUAUUUACGAAAAGUAUUUUUAAAACUUAUGAUUCUUUUAAUAACUUUUAUGACCUAUAAAACUAUAUAAUGGACAGGUAUGGAACAUGAAUGAUCAAAAAUGUUUCUGAACACUAUAGCUACUUUGAACAAGAGAACUAGGCUGUAAUAACGUGGACUGUUUUACAUGUAAAACAUGUUGCAUUAUUCGUCUUAUAUUCUAAAAACAUUCACAUUUGAAUGAUGUAAAUUGGGAUGAAGGGAGCAUCUUGUUAUCCAGGGCAAUAUUAAAUAUCUGGCUCUCAGACACACUGAACAGAGCAGACGCAGAGAGAGGUGUGAGUGCAGCAGGAAAGUAAGACCUCGUGCUUGCAGGACAGUACCGGUGACAUUUGGGAGAGAGAACAUGGGUUUUCUUUAUUUAUGAAGAUUCUCUUUGAAAAGCAAUAAAAUACACUGAGUAUCCAAAUGA